ACAGCGGGAACGCGCUCCGGGGGGUGGGGACGCGAGCUCACGACUGCUCAAUGACAAAUCGACUGGGUACUGCUGGGGGGCGGGGCGCGCGUGAGAGCGGCGAGUCAGGUUGUGUGUGCGGCCGGAGCAGCGGUGGGACGGGUUCCCCAGCUCUCAUCUGGGCCAUCUGUCCGUGUGUCACCACCCCAGACCAGCAGGAUGGCUGCCAACAAGGCCAAGAGCCAGGGCUCCCUGGCUCUUCACAAAGUCAUCAUGGUUGGCAGUGGAGGGGUCGGCAAGUCAGCCCUGACGCUUCAGUUCAUGUACGACGAGUUUGUAGAAGACUAUGAGCCCACCAAAGCUGACAGUUACAGGAAGAAGGUGGUCCUCGAUGGAGAAGAGGUCCAGAUAGACAUUCUGGACACAGCCGGCCAGGAGGACUACGCGGCCAUCCGAGACAACUACUUCCGCAGCGGAGAAGGCUUUCUGCUUGUGUUCUCCAUCACCGAGCACGAGUCCUUCACUGCCACGGCCGAGUUCAGGGAACAGAUCCUCCGAGUCAAGGCCGAGGAGGAUAAAAUCCCCCUGUUGGUCGUGGGCAACAAGUCUGACCUGGAGGAGCGGAGGCAAGUGCCUGUGGAUGAGGCCCGGGGCAAAGCCGAGGAGUGGGGUGUGCAAUAUGUGGAGACAUCAGCCAAGACCCGUGCCAAUGUGGACAAGGUGUUCUUUGAUCUGAUGAGAGAAAUCCGAGCAAAGAAGAUGUCGGAGAACAAGGACAAGAACGGCAGGAAGAGCAGCAAGAGCAAGAAGAGUUUCAAAGAGCGUUGCUGCUUGCUGUGAGCUGGGCGCCCGCGGCGGAGCGCAGAGUGGACCGCGCUGCACGCCAGAGGCUGUCCCCGGUCUGGCUUCCUCCAGUUUGGCUUCGCUCUCCACAGCCGCAUUCACGGUCACUUCUUUAAAUGGGACAGAUAUCUGUGCAUCGGUGGCUGGCAGAAGAAAGACACCUUUGUGUGGUAGAUCUGUUAACAUCAGCAGGAGCUCCGAGGACCUGCCCCCCCCAACCAUGACAGGCACCAUCUCUAGGGACAUAGUGCUGGAGAUCCCAGACAGCUGAGUUGGGAUGACGAGGAAGCAUACUGUCACAGCAUCUUCUUCUCCUGCUGUUUAGGACACAACCAUCUUUUGUUUGAAAAUUAAAAUGCCUCAUUUUGGA